GAGCCCCGCGCGGGUUUUAGUUUCUGUUCGGUUUUUUUCUGCGUCAUGGUCGCACGCGGGUCUUCGGUGACCACUCGCGCUGCGCGUACACGCGGCUCCUCUCUCCCAUCCUCGUGAGCGCGCCCCCGUGCGCGCGCGCCGUGUUUGUUUGUGUUGAGGCUGGAAAUGGCGGAGAUCACAGAGCGAAGCGACAGCUCACGUUAGCCGAGCGCGAGCGCCCGUCCGCGAGGCCGAAGCCGCCCGCGUGUUCGUCCCGGAGCUGCGCACGAGCCGCCGCCGCCUGAGAGGCCCGAGUCCCGCACGAGGGGGGGGGACUGGAUUUUGGAGCGACGUUGAGUUUAGCUGCUAGCUCCACGCUAGCACGGCUAGCAGCGCGGCUAACCUGCGCGUGAUCCCGAGCACGCACGAUUGUUUGUCAACAAAGCUGACAGUAAACACCCAAACCGUUUGAACCCGACUCCCACGCGGACACGUGCUGGUGGGAUCCUCCCGCAGCUCCCCGCAGACGCCGCUCCCGCAUGAGAACGCGGGUCCGGUCCCGCCGGUCCUCCGCCCGCCCGCGGCUGCUGCUGCUGCCCGGGAGAGAAGCUCCCGCCGCGGGGAUCCUGCACGAGCGGACCGGACUGCUGCACAGUUGGAGGGGGCGUCUCCCCACCCCUGGGGUGAUACCAUGUGACGGGACGGAGCAGCCAUAACCCCGCCUCCUGCACACUCCACCACGAGCUCCUCCCCGCUCCUGAGGCCCCCACUGCCCCCCAUGACGCCUUCACUGGACACUUAGACCAACUCAGUUGAAGCUGAAAAUGAGUGCAGUCGGGGACCCCCCCCUGGAUCCUGCAACACCAGAGUCCCGCAAGAGGAGGGGCUCGCCAUGCGACACCUCAGGGCAAAGCCUGGAGAAGCGGCGGCGGGAGCUGGAGUGUCGGUACAUCGAGGAGCUGGCCGAGCUGCUGUCGUCUCACAUGAGCGACAUCCUGACUCUGAGCGUCAAACCGGACAAGUGCCACCUCCUGAAGAGCACCGUGGACCAGAUCCAGCAGCUCCGGCGGCGAGAGCAGGAGGCGCUGCUCUCUCCAGACGACGAGGUGCAGAAGAGCGACAUCUCCUCCAGCAGCCAGGGGCUGGUGGAGAGGGAGGCGCUGGGGCCGGUGCUGCUGGAGGCUCUGGACGGGUUCUUCUUCGUUGUCAACCGGGAGGGUCGAAUCAUCUUUGUGUCGGAGAACGUGACCAGCUACCUCGGCUACACGCAGGACGAGCUGAUGACCUCCAGCGUCUACAGCAUCCUGCACGUGGGGAACCACAACGAGUUCGUGCGGAACCUGCUGCCCGACAGCCUGGUGAACGGCGCCCCCUGGCCGCAGGACGCCGGCCGCAGGAGCAGCCACACCUUCAGCUGCCGCAUGCUGAAGAGGCCGCCGGACGAGGCGGACUCGGAGAACCAGGAGGCGCGGCAGCAGUACGAGAUCAUGCAGUGCUUCACUGUGUCCGGAGCGGCGCCGCAGGAGAGCGACGAGCCGCAGAGCUGCCUGAUCUGCAUCGCCUGCCGCGUGCCGCGCGCUCCGCCUGAGUCUUUUGCCACCAGGCAGGACCCCACAGGAAAGAUCGUCUCCAUAGAAACCAGCGCCCUGCGGGCCACCGGCCGGCCCGGGUGGGAGGACCUGGUCAGGCGCUGCAUCUACGCCUUCUUUCAGUCGCAGGGCAAAGAGCCCUCCCACGCCAAGAAGCUGCUGCACGAGGGCCUAAUCAAGAUGGACGUGGGGGACCUCCAGUUCCAGCCUCUGGCUCUGGCCGACACGUUGACCUUUGACACUCUGGGACCCCCCCCACAGGCGCCUUUGGCCUCCCCGCAGGAGCAGUGCGUGCCGUGUACACUGGACGAGGUGCUCGGCCCCCCCACCACCCCCGAGGGGCGGAGCGAGGAGAGCUCGCUGCUGGAGCAGCUGGUCUCCUUCCUGAGCGGCACCGACGAGAGCGAGCUGGCCGAGCUGGACAAGGCUCUGGGCAUCGACAAGCUCGUGCAGGGGGGGUGUCUGGAGCCUCUGCUUCAAACCUCCCCCCCCCAGCAACCUACUGCCACCCCGGUUCCCACCUACCCCUCCCAGCUCACCACCACCCCCCAGGCUCCGUUUCCUCCAGAGCUGGCGGUUGUGGGGCUGCAGGGGGCGGGGUUUGGAGCUCCUCGCGGCGCCUUCCCAGCCGGAACGGCGAGCUUGGCGCUGAGGCCCGGGGCGCCUAGACCUCAGGGGGUGGGGCCCCCGCUCCGGCUGCCCCCUAACCAGCUGCGCCUGCAGCUGCAGCAGAGAGUGCAGGGCCCUCAGCAGAACCGGCUGGCCACCAUGGGGCACUUCCCUGCAGGAGCCCAGAAUGUUAACCUGGGGGUCCGGGGGGGUCCACAGCAGCCUCAGAUGCCCUCACAGCCCCCCCUGAACGCUCAGAUGCUGGCCCAGCGGCAGCGGGAGCUCUACAGCAUCCAGCACCGCCAGCGCCAGCUGAUCCAGCAGAAGGUCAUGCUGAUGCGGCAGAACAUCGCCGGCGCCCCCGCCAAAGGCCCCCCCACAGCAUCUCAGCAGCAGUUCAGCCUCACGCCAGGGUACAGCCCCGUGACAGGGAACCCUCCUACCUCACCGACCUUCAGCCCCGCGGCGGGGGGGCCGCUGGACGCCAAACUGUCCGUCAGAGCUCCUCUGAACAACCAGACGCUGCUGGGGGCGGGGCAAAGCCAGUUCGACAGCGCCGCCAACUCCUCGCUGCAGACAGGCCUGUUUCAGACGUUUGGAGCGUCCGCGGCGGUCCAGCAGGACUCGCCGUUUCCUCCGGAGAUGAGCCCCACCAGCCCCCUGUUGUCCCCCCAGAACUCCACUUCCCAGAGUCCUCUGCUCCAGCAGGCUCCGCCUCCUGGCUACCAGCCGCCGGACAUGAAGAGCUGGCCGCAGGCGGGCCUGGGCAGCCUGUUCUCGCCGCCGGGGCCGGGCGCGGCGCCGCUGUUCAGCCAGCAGGGGCUGUACAACAACAUGAGCAUCACCGUCUCCAUGGGCGGCGGCUCCAGCGCCGUGGCGCCACUACCCCCCAUGGGGCAGGCGGUGGGCAGCAGCGGCGUGGGUUCGGUGUGCAGCGAGCAGCAGGUGCAACAGGUCCAGGUGUUCGCCGACGUCCAGUGCACGGUCAACCUGGUGGGCGGAGAGUCAUACCUGAACCAGGGCUCUAUGGGGGCCCCUGCCGCACCCAAGAGCACCGGAGGCCCCGCCCCCCAGAGCAGCCAGGCCCAGCAGAAGAGCCUCCUGCAGCAGCUCCUCACCGAGUGACCCCCCCCACCCCCGUCCUCCAUUGUGGAGGCCGUGCGCCGCGCCCCCCCAUGGUGGGUGGGGCCUGUUGAAGGACCAGCAGUCAGAGGGAGGGGCUAUCUACCUGACGACCUGUCUGUCUGCCUCAGCCUAUCAAAGGCAGUGUUGUCUUGCUGCUCAUUCCUCCCCCGCCUCCCACUUCCUGCCCCCCCACCAACUGAACCUCUGUAGAUUGUCGUCACUGUCGAAACAGGCCCCGCCCCCUGGGGCGUCGGCAGCGGUGGGCGGGCUCUGACCUCACCUGCCUGUGCGAUGUGGGAAUGUUAAGGUGUCAGACCUCUGCGGCAUUGUGGGACGGGAUCCCGGUAUCAGCUGGUUCUGGACGGGUUCCGUUGGGACAGUGCCUGCUGGAAGCGCCGGAGCGUGGCUCCUCCUCCAUCUUCUUCUACGUGUUUUUGUUUGUUUCUGUUCUCACCAUCUUCAUCAUCAUCAUUGUCUCGGUGCGGGGACGCCGCCUCGGCCUGUGGACGGCGUUUCGGUCCGUGGACGGCGUUUCUGUCCGGGAACGCCGCCUCGGCGCGGGGACGCCGCCCCGGUCCGAGGACGGGGUCUCGGCCGGACUGGGUGGGCUGAUGUGUGGCUGGGAUGCUGCUCUUUGCUGUAGAGGUUUUAUUUUUAUUGUCUGAUAGAAAAGGAUUAUUUAACUGUCUGUCCGUCACAUCCUCCCUCAGCAGCUGUGAAACGGGAGCCCCGCCCCCGGCUCCUCCCCCUUCACGUCUUUUACCUCUCAGCCUGUCAGUGUUGUUGGCCGCGUGCCGGCGGCGGCGGGUGUUGUACAGAAAGACUGUGGGAGGGGCUAACGGCGUUUUGACGUCGAUCCAGGGUUUCUCUCUUUUUUUGGUUGUUUUUUUUAGAUGAACGUUCUGGGCUCGGCCUCGCCGCGGCGCCGCCGUCCCGCUCUGCUGAAGGAAAAGUCGGAUGUUUUUCCUUCCGAUCGUCUUUGUUUCCCCUUGAGUUUGAUCAGACGACGCCAGCAGCUGGUUCUCAGGACGGUGAAGGACAGGCGUUCGAUCCUCAAAUCAUAAAAGACCUCAGAUGCCCCGCCCCCUCCUCUGGUUCCCGACGACGCUGCCGUUUCCUGUCCGCUGCUCAGUUGCAGACGCAUCACUUCCUGUCUGAUGCAAAACGCCGUAUGCAAGGUUGCCAGAUUCCGGAGGGAAAUAUGCAACAUUCCUGUCAGUGCUGCCGGAGGCGUGGCGGACGCCAAGCGUGGUGCAGGAGCAGGGGGAGGGGGAGGGGGGGUCUGUAAAUGCAGGAAAAUCUUUUCAAAAUAAGAGCUUGACCCAAACAGACAAGGAGUGUUUCCAUCAUGAGGAGACCUCCUUCAACCUUCAAAAGAAAACCUAACGUCCACUCCUCCCCCGAGGAGGAGGCGGAGCUUCAGCCUUUUUUAUUGAACCUAGAUUAGUGCCUUAAAAGCUCCACCCUUUUUACGAUUGUUGCUGCUGGAGGGCGGAGCUCCUGCGCAACCAUGGCGUCGGCUCCGCGUCCUGCCCGAAUGUUUUCACCCCUCCCCCUCCCCCGCAUUGAUUAUGAAUUCCUAUGGAAGCAGUUCUUAUCCGCACGCCGGGAUCACGGGAACGUCUGCACCGCAAACACACACAUGCCAAAAAGAGCAGGUUGACGCGAGCUGUUUUUAUGCAACAGUCCUCCGUGCAGGCGGCAGGUUACCUGACCAGGUGCCGGCCUGCCCCGCCCCCUCCCUCCCCCCUCCCUCCCCACGCUGAUGAACGCUGAAAUGUGAAUGCAGGAGCAGCAAAGCGCCACGUCGGUGGCGAAGAACUACUCGCCUGUCUUUGGUUUUUCUACUUUUUUAUUUUUCGGACGACGUCCGCUCCUGCGCUCGUCCUCCGCCGCGGACGUCUCGAUUGGUCGUCGGACCUUCAGACCUGCACAGCACCUGUUGGACUGAACUCUGCCAGAGAUGGUGUAGCGACUGCUGAAUGUGAUUGUACUGAGAGGCGGAGUGGGCGGGCUUUUCUACGGGUUCAUUUCAGACAGAAACGCCAUAUUAUUUAAUUCUCUUGUUAAAGUCUAAGCAGGUGGGGGCUGGGGGUGGAGCCUUGGUUUGUGUGUGCGUGUGCGUGUGUGUGUGUGUGCAGUCCAUGAGAAAUGACCAAAGCUUCAACUCAUUGAUGGUUUCAUAUCCCCCCUGCACCUGAAAGUCACCUG